AUGUUUGAUGAGUGUGAAACUUACAGGCUGUGGCGAAUUAAGAAGACCAUCCUAAAGAUGUGUCACGAUAGGGGCUAUCUUGUUAUGCAAAAAGAACUGGAACAAACAUUGGAUGAAUUUAAAGAGGCUGUUGGCGAUCCACCUAGUAGGAAGGAUCUGCUCAUGGUUGUCAACCAUGAAGAGGAUCCAGCCGAUAUGCUUUACGUCUUUUUUCCUGAAGAGGAUAAAGUUAACAUGAAAACAAUUCGUGCCUAUGUUGACCAGAUGCAGCAGGAUCACACCUACAAGGCCAUUCUUGUACUUCGAGAUGGGGGUCUGACGCCAGCUGCGAAGACGGCCAUCAGUGAAAUGUCUCACAAGUACACUUUGGAGUCAUUCUAUGAGAACGAACUCAUGGUUAAUAUAACUGAACAUCAGCUCGUUCCGAAGCAUAGCGUUCUAACAAAUGAGGAAAAGAAGGAGCUCCUGGAUGGAUAUCGUCUAACGGAAAGCCAGCUCCCGAAAAUGCAGGUGAGUGAUCCUGUGGCCAGGUAUUACGGCCUGAAACGCGGUCAAGUAGUGCGAAUUAAUCGACCAUCCGAAACAGCCGGUCGUUACAUCACCUAUCGUAUCGUUGUGUAG